AUGUUAGGUCACAGUAAAAGUAUUUUUUUCUUUUUGGCACGCACAAAACUGCUCCUGGGGCGUCGCAAAGAUUCAUGCUCACCCUCACUCGCCUUGGCCAACAGAGACGACCUUCUGCGCUUGAGCUGGAACAAGGGUCCCGUUUCCUUCUGCAGACAGAGCGUUUCCAUGGAGACAGGAGCUUCCCUCGGCCUGAAAAGACGAUAUGAAGAGGUGGACCAGGGCUCUCCGUUCUCGCUCACGCCAAAAGACUCUGACGAUGACAUCUCCUGCAGCGACAGUGCUGACAGCUGCGACAGCCUCAACCCGCCGUCCAGCUCAUUCACACCCACAUCCAUUCUCAGACGGCACAGACCCUCUCCGGGGGGCAAGCGUGUGCGUUUCGACGUGGUGACGGUGUAUUACUUCCCGCGGAGGCAGGGCUUCACCAGCGUGCCCAGUCAGGGGGGCAGCUCUCUGGGUAUGGCGCGUCACCACAGCUCCAUCCGACACUACACUUUGGGAGAGUUCGCAUGUGAGCAGGAGUCCAGCCACAAACACACGCUCCGCCAACACCUGCGCCAGGAGAAACUCAACGCACGCAAGAUGAAGCUGACGCGUGACGGCACGGUGGAGUGUGCUCAGGCCGAGCUCCUCACGCUGGACGAUGUUUCAGACGAGGACCUGGAUGUGGACGGACUGGAGGUGGAUGACUGCUUCUUCCUGCAGCCGCUGCCCACGAAGCGGAGACGGGCUCUGCUCCGCGCCUCGGGCAUCAACCGCAUCGACGCUCGCGAGAAGGGAGAGCUGCGCGCCAUCCGCCUGUCCAGGGAGGAGUGCGGCUGUGACUGUCGCCUCUACUGUGACCCCCGACACUGUGGAUGCAGCCAGGCAGGGAUCAAGUGCCAGGUGGACCGCUUGUCGUUCCCAUGCGGCUGCUCCAGAGACGGCUGUGGGAACAUGGCCGGUCGCAUCGAGUUCAACCCACUUCGCGUCCGAACGCACUACCUGCACACAAUCAUGAAGCUGGACUCGGAGCGAAGGAAAAUACACUUGCACCACGGGGCAGACGAUCGCUUCUCCCGACAUUCCCUCUCCACUCUCCACCCGUACUCUCCCGACCAGUGCUCCUCCCUUUCGAGUCCAGACGAGGAAGACUUGCAACAAAUAGAGAUCGAGGAAGCCGUGGAGAUGCAAGAUGUUUUUGACGAACGCGAUAUCCUGGAGCGAGAGAACGAAACGGCCGUGCUGCAUUUGCAAAGCGCCGAAGAGCAGGAGCGGAUCAAGAGGGAGGAGCUGGAAGGUGCUAUAGCGCAGGAGUUGAACCGACAGGCCGAGGUGGACGAGGUGUUAUUGCAAGGGCCUUUCCCUGCAGGCGCCACCGUCCUGUGCAUCGCGGAAAAUCAAGAAGAAACGCACUACGAAAAGGAAAAUUUACUGUAUUACCAGCUUAGCCCCAUUGACGCGGGUGCAUUCGAGACUCUACCCCAAGAUGAGGAGGAGGAGGAGGAGGAAGAGGAGUGUGCAGCUGCGAAGCAAAAUUUGGGGGUUGUGGAGUGUGUUCAAAUUGAGCAAGCAAAGACAGAAGAGGUCGCUUCCUGCCGCGAUAACAUCAGCACAAAACAGGAUACUGAAAAGCGUAGAUGCAGUGAAAAUAAAAGAGCGCCCCAGCAUAGCCCUCCCAUAAACCAGUGCCAAGACCAUACACGCUUGGACCAAGAAGUUUACUAG